CUUUAAGCAUCUCUUCCUUUCUGCCUCUUAAAAUGGGUAUGUUUGCAACUUAAAGCAGAGAUUCAUCUUCUUUGACAUUUGAAAUACACAACCACAAUGAAUGUGGAACAUGAAAUUAGCCUCUUGGUUGAGGAGAUUCGGCGGUUGGGAACCAAAAAUGCCGAUGGACAAGUGAGCGUGAAAUUUGGUGUCCUCUUUGCUGACGAAAAGUGUGCCAACCUCUUUGAAGCCCUAGUGGGAACUCUUAAGGCUGCAAAACGACGGAAGAUUGUCACUUACCAAGGGGAGCUACUUUUACAAGGUGUUCAUGACAACGUUGAUAUCGUGCUGCUACAGGACUGAUGCAAUGUUGCAGCUAUGCAUUAGUGGAAUUGUUUGAGACGGUGACUUUCAACAUCCUCUCAAUAAGGCUGAUCAUUCUAAGGAGUUUUGAUGUAUUUUCUAUAUCUUUAUAGUCAAAAGGAAACUGUCCUAUUUUGGAAAACAUUCCCUUUUGUAAUUCUCCCUAAAAUGGUACUGUAUGUGAAUAAGAUAAAAGAUGCCAGAUAUCUCUUUUUUUUUUUUUUUUUUUUUUUUUUUUUGAAAUCUCAGGUAAUGCUCUCAAAUGUCUGGUGGUUAUUUUCAACAUAUGAGGAAGGGGACUGGUAAUUUAAUGUUUACAAAUCAAAAUGUGCCAUGAAAGUCUAAAAUAAAAGCACAUACUU